AAUAAAUUUCUUAUCGUGACAUGUUCUGCAGCUGGUUGGGGAAAUCGGCUGCGAGAGCUACUUUGUGUUUUUCAUUUAGCGGUUAUUACAAAGCGAGUUAUCAUUAUUGAUUGUAAUCAACCUGUCCCACUGGAUAAAUAUCUACCACCACGAUACGUAAAGUGGAACUACAGGGUGAACGAGACAGGUUUGUCCAUUAGACAUGGUUAUGUAAUUGACUUCAAUGAAAUAAAGAAUAUUACAGACACAAAAGUCGAAAAAUUAUUGAAUUACUCCGUUGAAUUUAACCCUGGACUAAGAGGAAGUUUCUACAUAGCAUUGGCGAAUCUUAUUAAGUAUGAUUUACCUAUUUGGCCUAAUGUUCCUCAAAUGUUGGGAUGUGAUUUUUACUAUUUGUUCAAGAAGUCCGAUGUCUUGGAAAAUCGUUUGCGGCAAUUGAAAGCGGAACUAGGCUUCAUUGAUAAUAUUGUUUUAGGUAUUCAUAUCAGAGAAGGCGAUUCUGUAUUUCAUCACAACAAAGGUGACAAAAGAUACAAAAAUGCCGAAGAUAUUCGAAAUGCUUUUAACUGCGCAACGAAAGUCGAAAAUAAAAUCAAAGAUAAGUACAAUACGACGAAAAUAAUUUGGUUUUUAGCCGCCGACUCGGAUAAAAGGAAAACUUAUGCGAAGGAAAAAUAUGGUAGCAAAGUGAAAUAUUUGGAUGGUCCUAUUGAACACAUUGGACAUCCGAUGAAAGGAAACGAGGAUGCAGGACAAUUAACCAUGCUGCUCGAUUACUUCCUCAUGCAAGAAUCCGAUUUCAAACUAUAUACUUCACCGUCUACUUUUGACGAUGCUGUGGAAUAUAUAUCACUUGGAAAGCCAACUGUUAUGCAAUUGUUCUACAGAAACCAAUUGUCGUGUAAGAUGCCAAAAUCUUUAGAAAUUUAA